AGGCCACCACUCAUUUCCUCAAAUAUUUGUGUAUAAAAUAGUUUACAGUUCUUUUAAUUUAGCAUAAAAUAGAAACCAAUUUUUUAUUAUGUUUUUAAUCUGCCAGUAUUAUAAUAAUCGAUGCAUGCUUUGCUCUAGCACCUGAUAGUAAACAUCUGUUGAGAGUCAAAACGCUUGACUUCAUAAAUGUAAGUUUUGCGAAACGAACACGCCAUACCCAUUCCGAAAGUACCGAACACAACAAAAAGAUUCUUCAUCUGAGAGCCGAGACUGGCCGAGAGGUGAAGGUCGCAAAGGACGGUAGCAGGGUCGCAAGGCUGUCCCUUAAAAAGAGGCACCGUUGCGAUCCCUAAAUACUCCGGGGUGUGUUUCCCCUCGUCGGCCCUUUCUCCGCACGUAUUCUUCGAUCUUGUCCGUAAGGGCCCGAGGUCCCGGUGUGCAAGCGAAGAUGUCGGAAGCGAUCCUCAGGGCGUCUUCAGGCCCGAGCGUCGAGCAAAUUCAGGCCCAAGAGACUAUCUCCAGAGUCACCCAGGGCAUGCAGAAGGGAAAAGUGAUCGCCGUGUUCACCAGCGGAGGUGAUUCGCAAGGCAUGAAUGCAGCAGUGCGUGCCGUGGUCCGCAUGGGCCUGUACACGGGUGCCCGAGUGUUCUUCAUCAAGGAGGGCUACCAGGGCAUGGUGGACGGCGGGGACUACAUCGUCGAGGCCACCUGGGUCAGCGUGUCGGGCAUCAUACACAAGGGUGGUACGGUGAUUGGAAGCGCCCGGUGCUCGGCUUUCCGAAAGCGUGAGGGCCGCCUGAAGGCGGCUGCCAACCUGGUGAAUCACGGCAUCACCAACUUGGUGGUGAUUGGUGGUGAUGGCUCGCUCACUGGUGCCAACCUCUUCCGCCAGGAGUGGAGCUCGCUGCUUGACGAAUUGGUCGACAAAGGCACCAUCUCCCCCGAGCUGAGGAGCCAGUGCGCCCACCUGAACAUUGUGGGCAUGGUGGGGUCGAUCGACAACGACUUCUGCGGCACCGAUAUGACCAUCGGCACUGACUCAGCGUUGCACCGCAUCAUUGAGGCCAUCGAUGCCAUCGUGACGACUGCCUCAAGCCACCAAAGGACCUUCAUUCUGGAGGUGAUGGGCAGGCACUGUGGAUACCUGGCCAUUGUGGCUGCCCUGGCCAGCGAGGCUGACUUUGUCUUCAUCCCCGAGUGGCCCCCAGAGGGCGACUGGCCGACCGUGCUCUGCAAGAAGCUGCAGCAGGAAAGAGAUGCUGGCCAGCGGCUGAAUAUCAUCAUCGUUGCUGAAGGAGCUCAAGACAGGGCAGGACAACCCAUUACUGCUGACGAUGUCAAGAAGGUUGUGGUGGACAACCUGAAACAGGACACCAGGGUGACAGUCCUUGGGCACGUACAGAGAGGAGGAAGCCCCUCUGCUUUUGACAGGAUCCUGGGUUGCAGGAUGGGAGCGGAGGCUGUGCUGGCCCUGUUUGAGGCCACUCCCGACUCAGAGGCUUGCGUGGUCUCCCUCGACGGGAACCAGGCCGUCCGGGUGCCCCUGAUGCAGUGCGUCGCAAAGACGCAAGCUGUGGCCAAAUGCAUGGCAGACAAGGAGUGGCAGAAGGCGGUGCAACUCAGGGGCAGGAGCUUUGAACGUAACCUGCUCACUUACCGUAUGCUGACUAGGCUGAAGCCACCAAAGGCUGCACUGGACAAAGGGGCGGGCUACCGGCUGGCCGUGAUGCAUGUGGGAGCACCCUGUUGCGGCAUGAACGCCGCUGUGCGUUCUUUCGUCCGGAACUGCCUCUUCCGUGGUGACACGGUCCUCGCGAUUCACGACGGCGUCGAAGGCCUAGUGGAGAACAACAUCCACAGCAUCCAGUGGCACGAAGUGGCCGGCUGGGUGGGACAAGGCGGAGCUUUUCUGGGAACAAAGAGGACGGUUCCCGGGGACUUGAUGGAGCAGAUCGUGGCCCGGAUAAAGGAACACAAGAUCCAGGCGCUUCUCGUCAUUGGAGGAUUUGAGGGAUACCACACGGUCCUGCAGUUGGCGGAGGCACGGGAGAGACACCCCGCUCUGCGCAUCCCCAUGGUGGUCAUCCCAGCUACCAUCAGCAACAACGUCCCCGGGACGGAGUUUUCGCUCGGCGCCGAUACUGCGAUCAACGAGAUCACUGAGAUCUGCGACCGCAUCCGGCAGUCGGCACAGGGCACCAAGCGUCGGGUGUUUGUGGUGGAGACGAUGGGGGGCUACUGUGGCUACCUGGCCACUUUGGCAGGCCUGGCCGGGGGCGCAGACUCGGCUUACAUCUACGAGGAGGACUUUGGCAUCAAGGACCUAAUGGCGGACGUGCUGCACAUGAAGGUCAAGAUGUCCGAGGGAGUCCAGAGGGGCCUCGUGCUCAGGAACGAGAAGGCCAAUGAGAACUACACAACAGACUUCAUCCACCGCCUGUACUCCGAGGAGGGCAAGGAUGUCUUCUCUACCCGCAUGAACAUCCUCGGACACAUGCAACAGGGUGGCAGCCCCUCUCCGUUUGACCGCAACUUCGGCACCAAGAUGGCCGCCAAGGCGUCUGAGUGGCUGUUGACGCAGCUCAAGGCCUACGUGCAACCCGACGGCUCGGUGAACGCACACACCCCUGAGACUGCGACGCUGCUCGGCCUGGUGCGCCGCCAGUACCAGUUCACGCCCGUCCAGGACCUCAAGACCCGCACCGACUGGAAGAGCCGCCUGUCGAAAAAGCAGUGGUGGCUCGACCUGCGCCCCCUCCUCAACAUGUUGGCCACCUCUGACCGCUAUCUCCGCGAGAUGGCCGGCAAGCGUCCACUCCUCGUUGAACAGUCCAUCACCGAAGACGUCGAUGACGUCGCCUACGGCAUCUAAGCUUUUCCGCCUCUCCCCAACUAUACCCGGGUUUCUCGCCGGUUCAGAGCUCUUCUCAAUUCUGUAGCAUUGGAGCCCCUAGAGCCACUAAACGCGCCUCAGACCAUUGACAUUUCAGCCGUCCCGGUGCACAAGGUCAUUGUUGCCAGUCGUUUGAAGCUUCAUCCGAAAUUGCUGGAAACCAUUUUUUGUUCUCGAGAAAUGUUAAAACAGUCCGCAACAGAGUGAUACAGUUUCACCCGAGCUUCGUGACACCGUAUCCACAGCUCAGGAAAUCACAUUUUUGGAUCGUUACGAAUGUUGGCUGCGCCUGUUCCGCACCAAACACUCGGGGUGUUUGGUGCCCACGAGAAAAUCGAAGAAUGAAGUGCUGGUACUCUAAGUGCAGUUUGGACCUAGUGGCUCUAGGAGCUCCCAUGUAGAAGUUUCUGAAGCAGCUUGACUGACAAAGGCUUCGCGGAAGGCGAUAGAACGCGGACGUUGGGGGCAAAGCGAACGAAAAAAGAGAGUGUCUUCUCGCGCUGCAUUUCGUUCAGUGUUGGCACCCGUUGUUUGAUAAAUUGUUUGACUGAACUAUUUCCGUUUUACCCUCGACGAGAUCUCGGUUGCUUGGAGUUUGGCCGACGUUCGGUUCUAAGUUCUUUUUUUCAACGUGUUGACACACUCCACCCAAGUGGACUCCUGUGUUGGGUUUUGUGGGGAAGCAGGCAAAUUUGUAGCGUGACAUGGGAUUGACAGCCACGGCAAGGCGGUACAACCUUGUCCUCUUGUGGAGGCAAUCUGGCAGUAAGCCGCAUAAGUUUUAGGAUUGUUGGACGAGCGAUUGUGUCAUAGCGUUACCCAGCCACCCAUUCAGAAGGUUAGUUAUUGUCACCCGAAACUCCGAAACCUGCAGCCAGUGUAAAUAUUUGUAUGCUAGAUUCAGUCUCCCAUUGUGCAAUGUGCUUAUCUUUGAACUCUGGUGUGACCUUCAUUGUUAAUGAGCUCGAGAUUGCACAAAUUCUUUUCGAAGCUGCAUAUGAAUUGUGGGGUUAUAAAAGCGUGUGUCAAACUUCUUUUGCCAUUUUGACUCCGGUUACUUUGAGACAUGUGCUACACCACUGAGUUUUUUUUUUUUUUGUACUGGUGAAGCAGUUUUGGAUGUGAAAAAACACAAGGUCGUGUGGAAAAAAAAAAUAGCAGAACACUAGUACUAUGCCAAACCUUACCCCUUUUACAUUAGAAGGACGGCUUUUAUAGCUGAGAAUAAAUUGCUGCUCUAAUGUCACUGAAACAUCUUAUUCUCCUAGAGUAUUGUUGUCACGUAUAUUGUCAACCACUGACCACUUUAUUAGGUCGUUUAUGUAGAGUUAGAUGUUUUCAGAGUUUGUACUCCGAGUUUAAAGACCGACGACCAGUUUGCGCUUUACGCUUUUCCCCCCGCUUCCUCCUCUCCCCCCUUCUGUCCUGUCCACUGUUGCCUGUUUCCUCCUCUCCCAGGGUGAGGAGGAUCUUCUGCCUUGCAGAAUCCCGUGUCUGGUCGUCGGCCUUUAAGCUUUUGACAAAAGAGAUAUAUUUGGGGUUUAAUUCUCCCUAAAUAUUGUGGUGUGAUGUGGGUGAAGUUUUCUUUGUGCAGUGCCUUUCGUGGGCAGCUACUGUUGUAAGAUCUGAUUGUUGACUUCACCGUUGGUGACAAGUGUAGAGGAGCUCUUGUGCAUGUUGUGUGUAACAAGACCUCCCAAAUUUACUUCUAUACUGUUACGUUUUUUGUUUCUUUUUACUCGGGACAACUAAAAAGGAAACUAUUCUCCUUCCCAUCCCUAGAUUGAAAAAAUCUUUUCCUUUUUCUGUGGGAAUUGAGACACUCUUGCAAGAAGGAUUUCAGAAGAAAACGAAAAGGCUGGGGAGGAAUCGUCAGCCAUCCUGAAAAUUACUUUCCUAAUUUAUUGAGGCUUUAAUAAUUUACCUGAGACUGCUUCAAGCAUUGCAUAUAUUUGUCAUGUGUGUUUGUUUUUUUUCGUUAUAGGAUAAAUCAUUGAAAUAAUAUUGAUUCUUCAGUGUUUUGCCGUACACUUGUUUUGAGCUCAGUGCCACAAGUGAUAUGUUGGAAGUGACUGAUUUGGGAGGCUUUGCUACGCAGAAGUAUAUUAUAAGAUGAAAAUGCACUGAAUACCUUUAUGUUACUGAUACCAUGUUCCUGCAUCUGUUUCUUUUUUUUUUAAGAGGUGCUACAGCACUUCUUUAGAAAAGUAAAUUGGAGCUUUAAUGAUAAAAGGCGUGCAACCUUUAACUUCGAGGCUGUUGUAUGUUGGUGAUGGUUUUUGCUUUCUUGUUCUUGUGCAAAGGCCGGUAUUGUGUUCUUUCGUAAAAGUAUCGGCACAUUACUAAAUAAAUUGUAGUAUCAGUAGAGUAGUUGUGCCGGAUGGAGCCUAUUUUAAAGACUUCCAAUAGUCUUUCAAAAUGUUGUAGAUGGGUAUCUUUCUUGGGGAUUUUAUCAUUUGUGUACUGUAUCUGUGUGUGUGUGCUCCAUCCACCCAAAGAAUUAUCUCAAAAUUUAAUGUUACUCAUCUCUAAAAAGAAGUGUCAUGUGUAUUUUAAGGAUGUUUCCUUACUUGAAAUGCUGGUUGCACUGACGUGCAUAAUUUUUAUUAUUAUUAUUAUUAUCAUCAUAACUUUAGAGUUCAUAGGUUCUGGUUCAAACAAGAAUAUAUCAGGAUGAAUGAAUUCCUCUGAUUGGAUGCUGCAGUCUCCUGAUUCUCCAAUGAGGACGUUGAUCUUGUAUUUUUAUUGCCGAUUUUUUAACCUAGACGCUCUCCAGUGAUAUAGCAUUUUUAUUUUAUAAUAGCCUAGUCAUUGUACCUUUUAUUAUUGCCCUCUGUUGAGUUUUUGCAGUUUGCAUCUUGUUUAAUUUCCUUUCUUUUACCCAGGGCAUUAUUUACAUCUGUUCCUGUUUAUAAGAGGACUGUGGCUAACUUCCAGAAAUCUAGUUAUGUGUUCAACCGUUAAUAUAACGUGCGAGCAUCAGCUGGAGAGACUACCUGCGUCAUCUGCUGGCACAAUCUGGCAGCCCACGCUGCUGUUCUUUUCUAGUGUCGCACUCCCAGGAUGAAAGCGAUAGCUGGUGCUCGCUUAAAUGUUCUACAAUCAAAUUCUGAUGAGCCUUGCAUACCUUCAGUACGGCGUAUAUCAGCGUCAUCUUCUGCUGUUAUUUGCUCUGUCAUAUCAAGGAUGAUAGCAGCAACGCAGUUGUAAUCCAAUGCUAAGCAGGAUGUAAAAAAAAUAUUUAAAAAGCUUUAUUCUCUGCGGCAUCAUCGCUCUUUUCGUUAGGCGGCGGUGAUAUCAGUUUCGGUUACUGCUCGCGUGUUACGCUUAACAGUUGAGCACAUUGUAGUUGGAGACGUCAAAAGUGACACGUUGUGCAUGUUGUAUUUUUAGCUCGUAGCCAAGACACCAGUGUUCUUUCAUGUGUUCCUACGCAGUGCUAUUUUUUAGGCAAUACGAAUAGCUACAUGUGUGAUACACUAACUGUGUUAUUUCUAUACAAGGUUUAGCACGGCCGCCUCCCACCUUAGGACGCUUUGGGACGUGUUUAUUGUCAGUUACGGAGUGGGCCUGGGGAGGUCGGGCGUCACAGCUGCUUGAGGUUGUGUACAAUGUUUGCUGGAAGCCAAAUAAAGUCUUAGACAGUGAAAGGAG